AUGUCGCCCAUGAGCAGGAAAGUCGCACUGAUCACUGGUGGCUCGCAAGGCAUCGGUGCCGCCACAGCUCGACUCUUGGCUUCCAAAGGAUACUUUGUAGCCAUCAACUAUUCAUCCAACACCGCGAAAGCGGAAGACAUCGAGAAAGAGCUGGGCGGACAAAAUGCUAUGACCAUACAAGCGGAUGCUGGCCAAGUCACGGGCAUUGAAAACAUAGUGCAGAAGACCGUUCAGCGCUGCGGAAGAAUCGAUGCACUUGUUGCGGCUGCGGCAGUCUUCAGUCUUCAGGACCUAGCGGAUACAACUGAGGAUCAGUUCGACAAUAUGAUGGCCUUGAACGUCAAGGGUCCCCUGUUCCUCGCACAGAAAGCGGCUCUUUUCAUGCCAUCUGAAUCCCAUAUCGUCUUCAUGUCCACAACUCAGUGUCAUGCAUCGACUGUUACAGCACCCUAUCUUCUGUACAAUAUGACCAAGGGAGCGGUCGAGCAGAUGACUCGAGUGCUCGCCAAGGACUUUGGUCGUAAAGGAAUCUUUGUGAAUGCAGUCGCUCCUGGUCCGACAGCGACUGACAUGUUCUUGACCGGCAAAUCUCCUCAGCUCCUGGACACUCUCGCGGGGUACAGUCCCCAUGAUCGUAUCGCAAAACCUGAGGAGGUCGCAGACACCAUCGCAUAUUUGACCGAGAGUCGUUGGGUUAGUGGUCAGGUGAUCAAGGUGAACGGCGGUAUGGCAUGA